CUCCUUAUAAAUUAAGGGUCGCCUACGUAAUCGGAUCGUAAUGAUAGUUGCAGUAGCAUGCUGAUUAAUUAGUUUAGUGUGAACGCUGCUCAAGACUGCCCUUUAUCAGUAGUCGGCUAACUACGUACAUCGCCGAGUGCCGUGAAGCGGCCAGAUAAAGGAUUUGCAGUUUGUUUAUGCGUUGCAUCGGCGGCGGGAGACGCGAGCGGGGCGUCAGUGCGCGCGCGUUGCCUCGACAGAUGCACGCGUGUCCCCGGCUUGCGCAGUAGUCAGUCGCCUAUGUCGAUGAGUAGACCAUGGCCGAAUGGUCUCUACCCGACCUCGACUGUCCGAUAAACCACUUCGAUCCGUAUCACUACGCGACCUACCCCUCGAGCUGCGAGCACGAGCCCGUGCCGCGAGUUCCCCUCGGUCCGCCGCCGCAAGCGCAACCCUGUCUGCCAGCGAGCGCUGCGGCCACCAUGGCCCUGCACUUCGCGCCGCCGCUGCAAUAUGGCAGCGCGGCAGUGGCCCCCUCCAAAGGAGAGAAUCCGAGGGAGAUCCGCAACCGUGCGGAGAAGAUGAGACGGGAUAGACUGAACCAGUCUGUUGCCGAUCUCGCGUCUAUGGUGCCACCAGUAGUGGCAGCUAGGCUAUUUGGUGACUCGAUUGGGAAGUGCCCACGAGACUUCAGCGCGGCUUCGAUUCAAAAAGUUUUGAGCAUGUUUAAUGGAUUCCUGAUAACUACGACGUAUAGGGGCAUCAUUGUGGUCGUUUCACAAAAUGUCAACCAAUAUCUGGGAUAUAAUGAGAUCGACUUACUCGGUCAAAAUCUCCAUACAAUAACCCAUGAAGCAGACCGGGCCUUGCUUCGCGACCAGCUUAUGCCAAGGUCCCAGAAACUGGGUCCGAAUGGAGAACUCUUGAUACCAGACGAACCUGAUGCCAUAAAAAAAGUCAAAAGGGCUUUGGCAAACGAGAAACGGAAAUUUACAAUUAGGCUUAAGAAGUUGGGCCAGCGGUCUGAGCCCAACCAGUACAUAACAUGCCACGUGGAGGGAUCCCUGAGGAAGUCAGACCGUGCCUGCCGCACCUACAACCGUUGUUGCCAGGUCGUGCGGCGAGCAAGGGCCAGGUCUGACAACCCGUGCUCCAGCGGCAAUGAUAUCGUGUUCAUAGGUAUUGUGCGACCUACGAGCGAAACGUUCAUCAACGAGAGUGCCCUCGAAUCGUACCGAAUGGAGUAUCGCACCAGGCACUCGAUCGACGGCGAGAUUAUACAGUGCGACUCUCGCAUUGCUCUCGUCACCGGCUACAUGACACACGAAGUCAGCGGCGUGAACGCAAUGAAUUUCAUGCACCGCGACGACGUACGCUGGGUCAUCAUCGCUCUUCGAGAGAUGUAUGACCAGCACAGGCUAUUUGGCGAAUCAUGCUACCGACUCAUUACCAAAAAUGGUCAGUCCAUCUACAUGAGGACACGCGGCUCUCUGGACGUCGACAGGGACUCGCGUGCUGUCACGAGUUUCGUGUGUACCAACACUGUUGUCGACGAGGAAGAAGGCAAACAAUUAAUUAAACUCAUGAAAAGGAAAUUCAGGCUAUUGGUAAACAACAAUGAAUCCCCUAGAGUGGAUGAAAUUGAAGAUGCUCCUGAAGAAAAUGAGCAGAAUGAUGACGAGGCGGUUCCGGUUGAAGACCCGCGACGCCUCGAGCAAGUUAUUCUACAUUUGGUCACCAAUUUACCAUCGCCUGCGCCAUCAGAAUCUAAUCAUGAACCAAAUUCUUCACCACAGAAAAGUAAAUCGCCACAUCAUCUUACAAUAAUUCCUCCAAAUAAGGAGCGAAUAGUUAGCGCGAUUGAAAAAAUCUACAAUGUUAUUAAAGCGGUCCCCAGAGAUUCAAACCAUGAAGAGGGAAGUAGCUACGCCGGGUCAAGCCACAGCACUCCCAAGUACAACAAUACAAACCAAAUAGAAAAGAAUGUAGCACCUUCACAGCUAGCACCGGUGGCUCCAUUCCAAAGCUGUCACGUGUCCAACUACGUGCACGUUCCUGAAAAUAUCUUCAGAUACCCUCCACCAACCCCUGACAUACCACAACAAGAAUACAAUCCACCAUCGAUUCUAAACACAGUGGCGUCUCCUGAUUUGGGUUAUUUUGACUCGUCACCAAGUCCAUUCUCUGACUUUACACUAUUUUUGGGUAAUUUCGAUCAGAAUGAAAAUGCUGAUGACAUUUUCUAUGAGCAACCUCUUCCUGCUACUGUGGAGGAAAUCCCAUAUGAGAUACCAGAACCGACGCACUACAUGCCGUCCCAAUAUUCAGUGCCAGCAGACUUGUUUGAACCAUAUCUGUACCCAGAACCGAGCACAAGUACCUACUCCUGUGGAAAUAAGCGACGUAAUGAGUUUGACGAUUGCGAGGUUGCUUACAAAAAGAAGGUGACAGAAACCGAAGUAUUCCGAACAAAUGAACAAAGUUCAAACUCAGGAUCCCCACUUGAAUCGUUAUUUGAUGAAUCAUUUUUGGACAGUGACCAAAUUGAAUCGGCAUUGAAUUCUUUGGACGAGUUUGAUCCAUCGUUUCUUGAUUUAUUGAGUUCCUCUGAGGUCGAAGAUAUUCUGGGCGAAAUUGAGGAACACACUGAAGAAGAGGAGCAAAAGCCACCAGAUGUCGAUUUGUCAAAUUAUGAAUAAGUUUUUAAAUACAAAACUCACUAAUGUUUUGUGAUUAAUCUAUUAACGUGUUAGAUCGAUCAAAAUUGAGGUUUUGUUCAAUGUCCUGUUGAUUCUGUUGAAAGCAGCUGUUGAAUGUAGUGCUCUGUGGCCAAGAAGCCACUCUCAGAACCCUACAGCAACUGUUUUAAUAAUUUGUCUCAGACAUAUUUGAAACGAUUUUCUGAGACGUAAGUACUUCUUGUACCUUUAUUUCAAAGUUGAAUUGUAAAGAUCUCGGAUAGAAUAUUAUGUCGAUUUAGUUUAUAUUAAUGGUAGAUGUUAUGACAUAUUUUAGCUAUAGUGGUAGGGCUGUAGUUGUUAUGGAUUUAGUGUCAUUAACCUUUGAUGUCAAGAUUUCAAAAUUACGGGUCCUUGUAGUCACUGUUAAGCGUAAUAAGUAUCUAGAUGUUAAGCAAAUUAAAAAAUAGCAUUGGCAUUUAGUUUAUGAAUAAGGCGUUUUUCAUUAUCAGCUCAGUGGUUUCUCUAAUUAUAGGGUUAUUUUACAACUAGCAUUGAUUCAAUAAUAAUACGGCACGUACUAUAUUGUUGAUGAGUCUCAAUGUUUAAAAAAGUAUAAAGUUAUGAAUAACCCUGUAUUCAUCAACGUUGAUUAGCCCAGGAUAUAACUGGUUAGUUUUAAACAGGUGUUCCAAAAUGGACACUUUAAUAUACUUAAGUUUAUUGUUCUUAUAUAUCCAUGUUAUGAGUAGUGGUAGCUAUAUCGUUAGUAGUGUACGAAUACAUGUAGCUUGUAAUUAAGUCGAACAGUUUCGACUAAAUAACUUGUUUAAGAUUAUUCUAAGCUAUGUAAGUGUAAGCGCAAAUUUUGAUUUGAUUAACCGCUUGCGCUAUACCCGAACACGCCUACAGAAUUGUAGCAAGCAAAAUAUUUCGUUAAGACACCUUAAUUAGUAAUCUAUAUUGCCAAAGUUAAACAAAAAUUAUAAAUGUUAAACUUAAAUAAACUAGUCACGUCAACCAUUUUGUCACAAC